AUGGUUGUUUCCGUCGCCAGCGCCAGCCGCGCGAUCUUCGCCGUGUGCUCGCUCAUCACUGCCCAAGCUGCCGCGGUCCCCGCCGACGUCGGCCCGUGCCUCGACAAGGCCGGCAUCGAGAACUCGGUGCCCAAGACCACGACGUGGACGAUGGACAUCCAGCCGUGGAACUCGCGCAUUAACCCGCAGCCUGCGGCCGUUGCCUUCCCCAAGACGGAGGCUCAAGUAUCGGCCGCGCUCAAGUGCGCCGCCUCUGCUGGCGUGAAGGUGACGACUCUGGGAGGCAACCGCUCGUUCUCGAGCAUGGGUUUCGGCCGCAACAACGACGCCCUUGUCAUGAACCUCAAGUACCUGAAGCACCUCAAGUACGACGCGUCCACUGGGCUUCUGUCGUACGGUGGUCCCGUCAUGAUCUCGGAGACCGCCAAGUACAUGUGGGGUUUCAAGCGCACGCUUCCCCACGGCCGUUGCCCUGACGUCGGCAUGACCGGUGUGGCCGCCUCGGGCUUCGGCACCCUCUCACGUGCCGCUGGUACGGUGCUCGACAACAUUGAGGCCGUCCGUGUGGCCCUGGCCAACGGUUCCAUUGUGGACGCCAGCGCCAAGCAGAACGCCGACCUGUUCUGGGGCGUGCGUGGUGCCGCCAGCUCCAUGGGCGUGGUGCUGGACUUCAAGAUCAAGACGAUGGCGCCUCCGUCGCAGACUGUGACGAACUACACCAUCGCCUUCAACAAGAGUGCUAAGCCGACUCAGCAGGACAACGUCGAUGCCUUCAUCGGCACACAAAAGUGGGCCCUGAGCGCCGACAACAACGACCUGCUGUCCAUCCGCUUCAGCCUCAAGACCAAGUCCACGCUCCAGGGUUUCUUCUAUGGAUCGUCCGCGCAGGCCAAGACUGUGUUCGCCUCGCUCAUGAAGAACCUGCCGUCGUCGAUGGUGCUCACGACUACCGAGGAGGACUUCUGGACGUCCGAGGCCUACUCGACCCCCGGCCUCAUCGAGCAGACCAUGUCUCCUCGCCGCUACUUCUACAUCGCAUCGGUCACGAUUCCCAGCGCUACCCCGCUCACCAACGCCACGGCCUGGGAGCUGUUCUCCAGCACUGCUUACGCUCCCGCCCUUCCUGACGCUACGGCCUCUGGCUUUGUGGACAUCUGGGGCGGCAAGUACGCCAAGGGCGUGAAGGCUGACGCGUCGGCCUGGAAGCACGACAACCGCCUGCACCUCAUCCGUUGGGACAUCCGUACGCCGACCUUCGACGUCAAGUUCGCUGACAGCACGAUCACUACGAUGCGCAGCAAGUUCUACAAGUUCGUGGACGCUUACAAGGCUUCGGGCGGCGUGCCCGGUGGCUUCACGACGUACCGUGACGAGCGCUGGACGAUCAAGGAGAUGGCCGAGUACCUGUACGGCGGCGGCAACUUCGCCAAGCUGCAGCAGAUCAAGACCAAGUACGACCCGAAGGAGAUGUUCAACACGGACCCUCAGGCCAUCCCCGCUCUGGCUUAG